AUGACAGAACAAAGCAUACAAAGCGAGUAUGCAGCGCCUUUAAGACGCUCAUUGCUGAGCAUUCGCCGAGUCUUAGGUGCACUUUUAUGCAGUGCAUUGCUUGCAGUUAAUGGGGAAAAAGAAGAAUCAUAUGGGACAGCUGAAAGCCUCAGUAAAAUGCUUUGGGUUGAUAGCAUCUUCGGAUAUAGGGCUAAUUUAUUCAUUGUAGUAAUUGGUAUUGAUUUGGGGACGACUUAUUCAUGUGUUGGUGUUAUGUUGUCAGGACGAGUUGAAAUUUUGGCAAACGAUCAGGGCAAUCGUAUAACGCCGUCAUAUGUUGCCUUUACUGAUGAAGAGCGGUUGGUUGGGGAUGCUGCGAAAAACCAAGCUCCGACAAAUCCACAAAACACUGUUUUUGAUGUCAAGCGGCUGAUUGGCAGGAGAUUUGAUGAGGAAGACGUUCAGGCGGAUAUGAAGCAUUGGCCAUUCAAGGUUUCGCAUCGUGAUGGGAAGCCGCAUGUUGAAGUUAAUAUUGCUGGAGAAAAGAGGAUGUUUACACCGGAAGAAAUUUCUGCUAUGGUGCUUCGUAAAAUGAAAGAAAUAGCUGAAGCAUAUCUUGGUCGGACGGUUACCCAUGCGGUAGUUACAGUACCCGCUUAUUUCAAUGAUGCGCAACGUCAAGCAACCAAAGAUGCAGGGACAAUUGCAGGAUUGAAUGUAUUGCGAAUCGUAAAUGAGCCAACUGCUGCCGCAAUUGCCUAUGGUUUGGAUAAGAAAGAUGGUGAACGAAUGAUUAUCGUCUACGACUUAGGUGGUGGGACAUUUGAUGUAUCGUUACUGUCGAUUGAGGAUGGCGUCUUUGAGGUUAUUGCAACAGCGGGUGAUACUCAUUUAGGUGGUGAAGAUUUUGAUCACCAAGUGAUGCAAUAUUUUAAGAAUAUAUUUCGUCAGAAAUACGGCGGAAACUUAGAUGAUGAUCCUAGGGCCUUGGGUAAGCUAAGACGUGAAGUUGAAAAGGCAAAGCGUACAUUGUCAUCGCAGUUGUCUGUACGUCUUGAUAUUGAAUCGCUUUACAACGGCAUAGAUUUCUCUGAAACAUUGACUCGUGCUAAGUUUGAGGAACUCAACAUGCACCUUUUUAAAAAAACAAUGAAGCCGGUAGAGCAAGUUCUUAAGGAUGGAAAUGUUAAGAAAUCUGACAUUGAUGACAUUGUUUUAGUCGGCGGAUCAACACGAAUCCCUAAAGUACAACAACUAUUGGAGGCAUAUUUUGAUGGAAAGAAAGUCUCUAAAGGUAUUAAUCCAGAUGAAGCAGUAGCGUAUGGUGCUACUGUGCAGGGUGGUAUUUUAUCUCAUCAAGAUGGUGUUGAGGAUAUUGUCUUAGUCGAUGUAAAUCCAUUGACUUUAGGAAUUGAGACAACUGGUGGCGUAAUGACUAAACUAAUUUCACGCAAUACAGUAAUUCCGACACGUAAAUCACAGAUCUUUUCCACUGCAUCUGAUAAUCAAGAUACCGUUUUGAUUCAAGUGUUUGAGGGCGAGCGCUCUCUUACAAAAGAUAAUAACAUGUUGGGCAAAUUUGAGUUAACAGGAAUACCUCCAGCUCCACGUGGUGUGCCUCAGAUUGAAGUGACGUUUGAGCUUGAUGCCAAUGGGGUAUUAACAGUGUCUGCAACAGAUAAAGGUGGUGGUAAAUCAGAAUCAAUUACUAUCAAGAAUGAUAAGGGUCGGCUGUCGCAAGAGGAAAUUGAGCGUAUGAUUCAGGAUGCAGAGAAGUUUGCAGAUGAAGAUCGUGCACAAAAGGAGAAGAUAGAGGCUAGAAACUCACUGGAAUCCUUUUUGCAUACAGUCAGAAAUCAAAUAAAUGAUAAGGAAGGACUCGGUGGGAAAGUGACUGAAGAAGAUAAGCAAACGGUUUUGGAUGCUCUAAAGGAAACACAAGAAUGGUUAGAAAAGAAUGCAAUGACUGCAACAGCAGCAGAUUUCGAAGAAAAGAGGAAUGAGUUAUCGAAUAAAAUUGGUCCUAUUACAGCUAAAUUAUAUCAAUCAGAAAAAGCGUCUGGUGAUGAACCACCUCAUGACCAUGACGAGCUUUAA